CAUCUGUGCACAAGUAUGUGUAUAGGUAUCUACUGUCAUCAUCUGUUCGUGGAACUGUUAUGUCGUGUGUAGUAGCUAUCCACAUAUCAUAGAAAAGGAACUAUCACGUUCGUGAUUUACGAACAACAAAUGGCUAACGCAUUAGGUGCCGUCGAUUGGGAAGACCUGAGAAGGCAAGCAAGACAUUUGGAAAAUGAGAUUGAUGCAAAACUGGUAGCAUUCAGCAAGCUUGGUGUCAAUAGUGGAUCCAAGCUUGUAAAUACAGAUGAAGUACCACUUUUAGAUGAAGAGCAUGUUUUUGAGAAUAUGGCUUCUGAAAUAGAAGCUUUACUUACUAAAUUAUUCUCUAUAAAUGAACGAAUGAGUGAGUUGCAACCAAAUGGUGCUGCAAUGCUGCAUACAAUGCAACGCCACAAAGACAUAUUGAAAGAUUACAAAUUGGAAUUUAACAAAAUCAGAAAUAAUUUUGCUGCAAGGAAAGACAGAGAAGAUUUAUUAGGAAGUGUUCGUAAAGAAAUCGAUAAUUAUAAAAGUGUGAGUGGACUGAAUCGUCGGGAAAUGUAUUUGAAAGAAAGUCAACAUAUUCACAAUUCGGAUCGUUUAAUCAAUGAUCAAAUAAGUAUAGCAAUGGAAACACGAGAUCAUUUGAUGACUCAAAGACAAACGUUUAAACGUAUACAGACCAGACUAAACGACAUUUCAAAUCGAUUUCCAGCAGUAACUAGUUUGGUGCAAAGGAUAAAUCUACGUAAAAGACGAGAUUCGCUUAUUCUCGGGCUAAUUGUUGGAUUCUGCACAUUUCUCAUGCUGCUAUAUGCUUUUCACUAAAUAAUGUUGUAUACCAAAGUACUUCCACCCUUUUAUGGGGUUAGUGAUUCAUCGAUGGGAAUGCAUAUAUGUAGAAGAGAUUUCUUUUUCCCAGUAUCCACAGCGACUGCAAGGAUUGCAGUCUG